AAAACGACGUCGUGCUUAAAAUUCGGUGUUUGAUGUGAAUUUCAGGCAAAACCGGGCUACAGUAUAAUGAAUGAAAUAAGCAGCAGAACCUCAUCGAACAAUGCUAAAAUGGAAAACGACAAGCACAAGCAACUGUGGGAAACUUCGGUCGAGUUCCUCACGAAACAGAUUGGGUUCGCACAGGUUAUUCAGCAAGCGAUGCUGGCGAAGAGCAAACACAUGGGAAGCACGGUUUUCAACGACAAAGAAACCUCCGCUAACAAAAUGAUUCGCGAUCGUUUCAAACCGGCACACGAGGAGCUUCUUCAAAUGUGCAAAUCUGUUCAGUCCUUCGUCUGCGACUGGCAAAUGCUGCUGAUAGAGGAUGCGGAAGAAUCCGAUGGAGAGCCAAACACCGACAACCAAUAUUCAACCGUUGACGAUGGUCCAGAUUUCAUAAAGUCCGUGACAAACUAUGAACCGGAUCAGAUUAUAGACCUACUAGUUACCUCCAUCUCGGACACACUGCCCAGUUCGUUCCAUGCAUUAAAUGUUGAUCAAGAACGUGUUUUGAGUCUGUUCUCAGCCAUGCAAGAGAACGUUGAUCAUUCGUUGCAGAGAAUUCCGGUAUCGGAGAGAAAAGUGUUUAUCGUUAAGCUGGAUGGUCUCUGGUUCCGUGCAGUCCGCAAAACCGCGUCUUCCGUCGGGAUCAACGAUGGAACAAACGAACGUUUCGCGAUCUAUCUGAUAGAUACGGGAGAAACGUUUCCGUACGACGACAAUCUCAAAAUUGCACGUGUUCCGGCCCCGUUUCAUGAUAUUCCCGCAGCGGCCAUAAAAUGUGUCUUAGAUGCUGGACCAGACGAUUCAGAAUCGUUGGAAAAAUAUAAACGACAGUCAUUCCGAAUUGUUCGUGUCGAAAGCAAUGAUGUGCUGAGGGUGAGAUUUGUGGAUAAAAAAGUCACCACACAAGAGCGGAAUCCAUUACAGAAUCCUACGGAAGAAGAACUCGACAUUUGGUACUCCAUACCCGAAAGCACAACCAAUGCCACGAAGGCAAUACUGGGUUAUGUACCGCAGGAUGACGUUAAGAUCUGUAAAUAUUACAACCCACAAACCAAGCAGUGCUUCAAAGGGAGCAACUGUCGACAACGCCACGUAGAGAUGGAUGAAAAUGGGUGGACGCUAGACCGCGAUGAAGUUCCUCUAGAAGUGAGGGCACAGAUGGAGUUGCCAGCGCUUUCAAACUUAGUGAAGCUGAUGCCAACGUUCGUUGUCGAUGUUGACCAGUUUUACGCCCAUGUAAUACCGGAUAGCGGAGAAACUUCGGUCAUUGCUAAGCUACACCACGACAUAAACAGCCUGAACACUGUAGGCCAAUACAAAGUGUUCAGGCGUAUGCCAAGUCUCGGUGAGAUGGUGUUAGCCAUGUUCGAACAAGCUUGGUACAGGGCUAAGGUUGUCGAUAUUUUCGAUGACACGGUCACAGUAUUCUACGUGGACUACGGCAAUACAGCUACCGUUGACCUGAGUGACCUAAGAGUUUGGGAAAACUCCUUCAGCUACGUUCCCGCUCAAGCGGUAAUCUGCCAAAUAGCAAAUGCCUGCUCUGUGAAGCCCGGCCAUGUCGAAGCAAUCCAGCAGCUACAGCAAGUGCUGGUCGACAAAGUAAUCGAUGCCCUAAUCAUAGACAACAAAACCCCCUGGCAGGUUCGAAUAUUUGACGAAGAAGGAUUCGACAUUGGAGAAGGAUUGAUUCUUACUCACCUUGCUCUUCCUCGGAGUCCUAGCAAGUCUAAAGAGGACACCCCCAUGCCUGGCUGA